AUCAGUCACACAGGUGGACAAGAUACCUUACGCUGCUUUGGAGAGACCAUCAACAGAAACAGAGGCAGUCCGCAAAGAGCUUCCUAACAUUGAGCGCUGGCGACAGACACUCAUCGUACUACCUGAUCACUGUGCCGGACUCCACUGUGUGAGAGUGUCCACCUCACUUCUUUAGAGACCCACACUGACAGGAUCCUCCAUCAAGUGUCUAAUACUUUUGGUGAAAAUAGGAAACAUUUUAUGAGGAAUAUAGUGUGUGUUAUUUGAAGACAUUCAAGAUUACCUGGACUAGAACCAUACCCACAGACAACCUGUUGCAUGACAUCUGAAAGGUGAACAAACUUGUUUAAGGAGAGAAACAGUAUCACCCAUCAACUAACCAGCAGCUGUCCAUAGAAUCGGUUGUCACUCAGGCUGGUCCAAAUGCCAGGACUCGCCGGAGGCCCAGACCCAGGGAGACUCUUCCCAGUCUUUCUCAAGACUCUCCUGCUGGUGGCGCUGUUCUGCGGCAGCGAUGCCAGCGCGCCCGAGUACGACUACGUCUCCCACCCGCGCUUCAUCUGCACCCCCAUCCCCGCGGACGCUGACCCCGGCUGCUUCCCCACAGCUGGGGGGCCUCUAGGGGCCAGCACCGGUGGGCCCAGCAGCAGUGGUGGAGGCAGUAGUGGAGGCAGUGGCGGCAGUGGAAGCAGCUGGUGGGGGCUCCCGGAGGAGGCCAAAAGCACCAUCCUGCACCUGCGGGAGAGCCUGGUCCAGCAGAAGGAGACCAUCCUGGACCAGAGGGACAAGAUCCGGGAGCUGACGGCCAAGCUGGCCAUGUGCGAGGGCUUUGGCCGAGGCAUGGGCCCUCACGACAGCCACCUGGGGCUCUCACCUCACCUGACGCACCACACACUCACACCUCACCACUCUGGUUACCCCGACAGUGGUCACCCCAGCGACCCCGAGGGGCACUACCCGUCCAUGAGCCUGGGGGGCCACCACAGGACGGCAGCUCUCGGGGACAAGCACGCAGGCGAGAUGACGCCGUCGUCAUCGUCGUCGCCGGAACAGCUGGAGAGGAUGCUGCACGCGCUGAAGGAACGGCUGGAGAGUCUACAGACCCGCAACACCUCCACUACCUACUCAAAUUCACUCAAAGACCUCCUGCAACGGAAAAUUUAUGCUCUCGAGCAACAGCUCAGUCAUCACACCAGUAUGCAUGGCAGGGACCACGAUGAUGGACAUCCCAACAACGGUCACUAUGACAAUGACGAUCACCGUGGCGAGCGCCACGAAGGUGAGCACGACAACGAUACUGACCAUGAUGACAUACCUCAUGACCUUGGGCACUUUGACGCACACCGCGCCGAUGGAAGUCACGACGACAGACACCUCGGUGGAGAUGAUGAUGACGAUGAUGACAGCAUCGAAGAUGAUAAUGACCUGGACAGCCACACAUACCCCAGGUCAUCCUAUCACACGCAAGGACACAGGACACCUGGUGGACACAACAGCAAUCUGGAUGCUGUCCUGAACCACCUUCAGCACAGACUCACAGACACAGGUUCCCGUAAGAAGAGCAAGGGUCCGGAUGGGUUCCAGAUCGGGUUCCCCAUGCGGACCAACUACAUGUAUGGGCGUUUGAAGCAGACCCUCACCCAUGAGAUCUUCUCCCUCACCCUGUGCCUGUGGCUGAAGGCGGGCGCUGGACCCGGGCUGGGAACGCCCUUCUCCUACUCUGUGCCCGGCCAGGCCAAUGAGCUGGUGCUCAUCGAGUGGGGAAACAACCCCAUGGAACUGCUGGUCAACGACAGGGCGGUCACCCUACCCCUCUCGUUGAGUGACGGGAAGUGGCACCACGUGUGUGUGACAUGGUCGACUCGUGACGGGCUGUGGGAGGCGUACCAGGAUGGCGUGAAGAGGGGUUCAGGGGAGAAUCUCUCCGCGUGGCAUCCUAUCAAGCCCGGAGGAGUUUUCAUCCUGGGGCAGGAACAGGAUACACUUGGCGGUCGCUUUGAUGCCACCCAGGCGUUCGUGGGUGAGAUCUCUGACCUGCAGAUGUGGUCUCACAUCCUCACUGGCCACGACAUCUACAACCUGGCCUCUUGCAACGGACACAUGGCCGGGGACAUUAUUGCCUGGUCGGAGUCUGCUCUGGAGCUGCAUGGUGGAGUCACCAGCUACCCCUUUGACCCCUGUCACUAAGUGCAAGGAGCAGAGGUCAGAGGUCAUCAUACACAGGCUCCUGAGCUGAUGAUGUUGAUGACUCAUGUUGGAGGACUGAGCUGGUAAAGGAGGAAACAAGAUGUGUUUCGUGUAUAUAUGCCUAAGCUGCAAUCAAUUCAAAUGACGGCCUUCUGAAACUUUCAUCAUUCAGCUGUGUGUGUGUGUGUGUGUGUACGUGUGCGUG